AUGCAAACUCCAAGAUCUAGUCAUCUACAAGCAGCAUAUCACACCCUCCGUUAUCUUCGUAGUGACCCCGCACUUGGUAUAUUUUUGAAUUCAGAUCCUUCUCUUCAAUUACUGGGUUUUUGCGAUGCGGAUUGGGCAGCUUGUGCCUAUACAUGGCAUUCAGUCAAUGGUUUUUAUCUCAGUUUAGACGGAUCUCCUGUUUCUUGGAAAUCCAAGAAACAACCGGUUGUCUCUUUAUCUUCUGCCGAAGCCGAGCCUCAUUUCCUUGAACUCCCCACCUCUUCUCAGAUCGCCGAUUUAUUCACCAAGGCUUUGGCCGGACCUCUUCACCGUCACUUUACUGGCAAGUUAGGUGUCCGAUCACCGGAUACCUACUUGAGGGGGGAUGUUUCCGAUGGUACUAUGACGGUCCAACACGACAAAGCUUUCACAGAGAAAGGGGAAAGAAGAGAUAAAGCUUUUACAGAGAAAGAGAAAAGAAGAGGACUUGGUCUGAAAGAGAAAGAGAAAGGAAGAGAUUAA